AGAGAGAGAGAGAGAGAGAAAACAAAUAGACACGAGUACCUAAUAGGAAAGAGUAUCACUAUUUCGCGACACUUUACGUUUCAUGUCUUGUGCACACGCUGGCAGCUUCUAUUCGGAACGAUAAUUUCACAGCAAAUGGGUAUACCCCUUUCCCAAGCGCCAGACGCAGUUCAAAGUGUUCUCGAACUUGACUAGCAAGCCUCGUUUUUAUUUACUUGUUAUACUUCGCAUUGUUUGCAUUAUGCCACAAAUUCGGAAUCGAACCCAAAACACAGCUGCAUCAGUGUCCCUCGUAUAUCGCUAUCUGGAUCGACAAUUUUGACCUCUCCGAGCACUGCUUACUUUAUGAAACAGUUCUAUUUAUAUCGAAAAUCCCGAUGUUUAUUCAAAACUCUUUGAAUAAUCUCUACAAUUUAGAUGUGCGUGACGCAGCUACAGAACCUCCGGGACAAAAACCGCUUAGGAAAAACAGUGUACAGCAAAUUCUCACAGAGAGAACACAGUUGUACUUCCAGCGAAGCCCUCGUCGACGUCACGUGGUCGUCUUUCAGUCGUCACCGGGGCCAAGUUUUGGCAGACACUUAACGGAAGUGAUUUCUGAGAGCGAAGACACUGAUGCCGACAGUUCAAUUUCCAGUAAUCAAAACGAUGGAUGCGGUUCUGAAUAUUACGUUUCUUCUGCUUCGUCGCAAGAGGAGGAUGGAAACAAUAGUGAAGCCUCUUCGGACUCGCUAGUCUCUUGGGUGGAUCGUCGUCGGACGAAGUUUAGCCAAACAAAGUCAGCGACAAACGUAGAACCAUUCAGCGACGCCGACAAGUCGCAGAAAUGUGAAAAAUCGUUGGCUCAAGAAGCUCAAGAAGUAGGCUUAAAAAGACCUACUCAGUCGAGUGCUUCGGACGGCCUCGACGAUAAGAGCUGCCCCAACCUCAAACGUCACGAUUGUCCCGACUGUGGUAGAAAAUUUCGAUAUCCAGUUCAUGUCGCCCGCCACCAACGGACAGUCCAUGCCGGUGAACGGCCUUACGCCUGUCCACUUUGUUCAAAGGCGUUUACGCGAAAAGAGCAUGUUGAGCGUCAUUUGCUUCACCACUCUGGCCAGCGACCCCACCAAUGUAAGCAAUGUUCGAUGCGGUUUAGUUCGAAAAGCAAUUUAAACACGCAUAUGCGUUUGCACGAUACCGCGAAGCGAGCACUAUUCGAGUGCAGCUUCUGCAAGAGACGUUUUUCCAGCAAAUACAACAGGGACGACCAUCAAAGAAUACAUACCGGCGAACGGCCAUUCUCAUGUCAGUAUUGCGGAAAACGUUAUGCGUCAAAAAGUUCGCUAAAUUCUCAUUGGAAGAGAGGUUGCAGUGAGGAAGAUUGAAGAUCGCUUACUACGCAGACGGUGCACGGUUUAUCGUGGGCCUAGGUUUGCCCCAAAGACGAUCUACGCUGGAUACUCUUUCAGUGUGCAUUCGAAAAUAAAGAAUUUCGGGUGCGGUUCCCGCAAAAAACAAACUUGGUACUUCAGACACUAUAUCUCAGCUGCUCAAUUAGGCAUUUCCUAAAACUAGGAUAAGUUAACCACACCGAAGUAACUGUAACUACUCUGCC